GAAAACAAAAAAAAAAAAACAAGCAUAAUCAGUAUAUGAAUCAACGAUCCUUUGUUUGUUGAUCUGGUGUUUGGUGUUUCUUUUUCUUUAUUGAGUUAAACUAAUGUUAAUAUUCAUCCGUGGUUUAUCUGGUGCAGUUACACCUCUUAAUGUGAGUCCACAUGAGAGUGUACUAUCUAUAAAAAUAAGGAUAUUUUACUUGAAAAGUAUACCUACUCACGAUCAACACUUAUUAUACUCCGGUGUUGAAUUAACAGACCAAACAAUUCUAUCUACUGUAAAUAUUGGACAUGGCGCUUUAUUGCUUCUUGUCCUAGGAUUAAGAACUGGACCAUUAGGUAGAUAUGAUUCGGGCACAUCAAUCAAUCAAAAAUAUUCCAAUAAUGACAUUUCAUCACAGUCUGCUAUUAAUAAUAAUGACGAGACGGAAUAUACACGACUGUUGUCUCUCUUGUCAUCCUCCUGUUCUUACUCAUCUGUGUCAUCAUCAUCAUCAGCGCCAAUUGUCGUUUUUCCAUCGAUAUGUGUAACACCUGUUGUCAAUGCAACUAAAAUAACAUCAAAUGAAUUAGAACAAACUGAAACUAAUGUACUAAUGAAUUCAUUUGAAUCCUAUAAUGAUAAUAAUGAUGACGCUAUUAAUUCUAAUUGCUUCACAUCAUCAGAUGAUGAAAUUAAUCGAAUUGCUGAAAUUCUUGGUUAUGCUAUUGAUAACAAUGAACAGUUGUUGUCACCUUCAUUAUAUGAUUCUCCUACUACAGUAACAGAUGACAGUCAACUGUAUGACUAUGAUAAUUGUGAUAUUGAUGGAACCGAUAUCUAUUAUGAUUAUGAACAGUCGUUCAGUCCAUCUCAGCAAUUGAAUUGGUUAUUAACACCGAGUUAUAAUUUCACACAACAUUUAAACAUCCCAGAAACCAAUUCUUAUGAAUUAUGCGAAAAUAUCAAUUCCAACAAUUCAUCACGAUAUAUUCAUGGAUUUAAAACUAUUGAAGCACCUUCUGGACGUUGUCAAUCAACUGAUUCGUUACUUGGUAAAACUGAUACGUCAACUCCUACUACUAGUAGCACCAAUACUGUCUUGAAUUCUUCCUAUAAUUCACGCUUUUCUUCUUUAAAAGAAUCGUAUUCAUCUUUACCGAAUAUCAAUGUUAUAGUUGAUGAUCAUGAUGAUGAUAAUAGCAAUAACCUUACUAUUACUGGUGUCAGGAAAUCGACAUGUAAUACUAAUGAGACAACUACUAUUAUUGGCCACAAUGAUGAUGAUGAUGAUGAUGAUUGUAAUUCGAACAGGCACAAUUCCAAUUCAACUAUUAUUCCUUUAUUAAAUACUACUAUUACAAAUCUUCCUAUAUUAUCCGGUGAUAAUUCUAUCAUGAAGUUAUUAAAGAAUUCAACUAUUCACUUCAUGGAUAACUUUCAAUCCACAAUAAUUCCAUCUUGUUCAUAUUCAUUUUAUAUAACUAUGCAAAUGAAAUUAUUAUUGAAUAAUAAUCCAUUUCAUUUAAAUGAUCAUGUAUCUAAUCUAAUACCAACUGACAGUGCUGUUUUGAUGACUAGAAAACCAUUAUAUACAAACAAGAGUUUUGAAUCACCACUGAAUCAACAUUGUCUUCCAGAAAUUAUUAAAAUUCAUUCCAAUCAUUUAAAUAACAAUGAAUAUCAUAUUACAGAAAAAUUAUUGAAUCAUACUAGACGAUACAAUAGACAAACGGAAUUCAACUUCAAUUGUAAUGAUAAUAAUGAUUUGGGACAAAUGUGUUUAUCGAAUACUACCAUUGAUAGAUCUUCAUCACAUUCUCUUCAGCCGUUAUCAUCAUCAUCAUCAUCCUCUUCUUCUUCCUCCUCUUGUAAUACAUCUAUACAUUCAAAUCAAUCCAGAUGUUAUGAAUGCAAUAGACGAACUCGAUUAGCUUGCGGUUUCACUUGUCGAUGUGAACGUUGGUUUUGUUCUAGGCAUCAUCAUCCAGAAGAUCAUAAAUGUAAUUUCAAAUUUAAAACAACAGUUAAUUAAAUCAAUGAUUGAAAUGAUGAUAUACUUCGUUACUCUAUUGAAUUUGAUAUUUGCUAUGAAAUUCAUUUAGAUUAUUAUUGAAUUCGAUUAUCUUUUAAUAUCUUGGAUAUGUGUGUGUGAUGAUGAUGAUGAUUAUGCCUAAAAAGUAGAUUAUUUACAGAGUAUGAUUUCCAAAUGUCAAUUUCUUUAUCCUUUUUUUCAUAUUCAUUAGUAAUUAGGUUUUCUAGACAUUAAAAAACUAUCUCAUUGAAUUGUUGACAGAAUCAUCAUAUUCUGUCCUAUCUCCCUUUUGUCUUCUUGUUUUUAAGCCCUUUUUUUCCACCAUAGAAUGUAUGAUUGUUGUUAAGUAUAGUCUUCUUUUUUACUCAUUCCUGGGCUUUUGUUGUUGUUGUUGUUGUUGUUUUGUAAACGAAAGAUGAAACAUUCUUAUCUAUACAUAGUUUUUAUUCAGUGUCUUGUCGCUCGUUUUUUUCUCUCUCUGUUUUCAUUGUUAAAUCAGACUUGCUAGUACAUUCUAAUGCAUAUUCAUAUAUACAAAUAUGCAUAUCAACUAUUUAUUGUAACUGCUUAAGAAGAGAUUAAAAUGUAAUACUUAACUUUCAACCAGUAGGUUGUGAGUUCGAACCCCCUCAUCCCCUCACACACACAUACUCCCCUUUAGCUUACUUAGGUUUAGACAAUUAGGCUAUACAUAUAUAUACAUAUAAUAUCACUAAUACAUAUGAAUGAGUACAGUCCAAAGUCGAGUGAAUCAAAUCUAUACUAGGUAUUUCAUUCCUGUUAGGAUUGACAUGUUUGUUUUUUUCUAAUUCUUCUUAUGUUGCUUUUGUCACCAUACAUUCUGACUGACAUUUGUUAUGUACGGUUUUUUUUUUCUAAAUGUUUUCAUAUACUACUAACCUUUGUUUUUAUUCUUAUUUACUUUGUUAAUGAAUUUUGUUUAGAAUUUCUUUCAUUGUGUAUUUUUUACAUUGAAUGAUUAUGUUAUACGAAACAAUAAAGGUUAUUAUGUUCA